AUGAUUUCGUCCUUCUCGGGCAUUGCCAUUGGAGUCAUGCUUGGCUUUGUCAACCCUGUGGCGCUGGAGAACAUUGGCUGGAAGUACUACAUCGUUUCGGUGGUACUGCUCAUUGUCUGGAUCAUUUGUGCUUGGUUCUGGUUCCCGGAGACCAAAGACAGAAGUUUGGAGAAGAUCGCUCAGGUGUUCGAUGGAGAGAAUGCCUUGUUGGGAGAGAUUGAUAAGGAGGCUGCCAAUGUACAGACCGAGGUCAUCAUGGCAAAGCAUUGA